AUGAACUCUACAAUCACGUCACACGCGACACUUUACAUUUACUAUCACCAACUAUACUUGGCUCUGGAUGGCUUCAUCAAUUGGCCGCAGGCGACGCUAUCGUCUCUUCUCCAGUUCGCUUCCACUACGGACUUCUUCGUCACCAAAAUCCCAUGUGCUUCUUCAGGCGCUGGAAUCCAGCUUGUCGGCCUAGAUGCUGAACACAUCACAUCGUUCCUCGAGCCCCAGUUCCAGUUCUGCAGCCAGACAGUUGGUCCCACCGGGCUUUCUGAGAUGGUUGGCAACCGCAUGUUCCCCCGCGAUGGACCCGCCGGGCCGAGGAGGCAAGGGAAUAUCUUGACCAGCAAAGGUUUCGACGCCAUGAGGGACGCGCAAAUGAUGCCGACGUUGGCCUCGAUGGUUGACCACGUGAUCGCUGAGAUGCCUCCGUCUAGAAGUCUGCGUCAGCAUGCCUCUUGA